CUAAAUUUUCCCUUCAUCAGUUGCAGCAGUUCCCAGUUCAUGAAAAAGUCGCGUUCAAUCACAGACGCCAUCGUUCUACGACAACUUUUGUAGGUUGAAAACAACAAAAGUUCGCCGGUUUCUUAAAACAUUAUUUGACGAAGAUUUUUGGAAAAUGACGAAUGAAAAUGGCCGGAACUCGACCCCACCACCUGGAGUUGAUGGAGAGGAAGAGCCAGUUUUGAAAUAUCCGAGACUGGAUCUUGCAAGUGUGUACCGCCGAUCAUCGUCAACCAAAUGACCGUCCCCUGCAUUCUCACACACUAUAGCCGCAGUGCCCACAUCAGGGGCACGGGGUAAAAAAAGGCCUUCUAAACCAUGUGCCUUGUCCGUUUUAAGGGACUUUUCGAUUACUGUAUUUAUACACCUAACCAUACUAUUUAUUUCCCGUUCAUGGUGCUCUCUUAUCGACCUUUCAGUUUUACAUCUUAUCGUUGUGCGUUCGCAAUUUAUCCAUGAAGUGCGGGAGCAUAUUGUCGAAACAAAUAUUAAAUUAUGAUAAUUCUCAAAAAUUUGUUCUUAAGUGAAACUUGAGAAAGUUAUUUUAAAAGACAGACAAUAUGCAAUCCACUGUAAUGGCAAACGUCACACCCUAAUCAUGUUUCUCUUUCAUUUGAAGAGGAAUAUGGUUAAAUCAAACGUGUUCUACCGAAUUCCUAAACACCUCUCUUUUGCAGAUGGAGGGCUGAGUGAUUAUCUCCCUGGACCUAUAAAAGAUUUAGACCAGACUGGACCUUUAACAGCCGGAUCUGGUGCCCGUCGAGAUAUGUAUGGAUCUACUCCUCCUCAACUGACUAGUGAACAGACAGAAGCUGUUAGUCGAGCGAAACGCUACGCAAUGGAGCAAAGUAUCAAAAUGGUUUUAAUGAAACAAACACUCGCUCACCAGCAGCAGCAAGCCAAAUCCCUACAACGCCACCAAGCCCUAGUUCUUAUGUGCAGAGUUUAUGUUGGAAGCAUAAGUUUCGAGUUGCGCGAAGAUACUGUACGACAGUCGUUCCAUCCCUUUGGACCCAUCAAAUCUAUUACUAUGUCAUGGGAUCCCAUAACUCAAAAGCACAAAGGAUUUGCCUUCGUUGAAUAUGAACUCCCUGAAGCCGCACAAUUAGCUCUAGAACAGAUGAAUGGCGUGGUGAUUGGAGGGCGAAAUAUUAAGGUGGGACGCCCAAGUAACAUGCCACAGGCUCAGCCUGUCAUUGAUGAGAUUAUGGAAGAAUCACGUCAUUACAACCGCAUUUUUAUUGCGUCAGUACAUCCAGAUCUGACAGAAGAAGAUAUUAAAAGUGUUUUCGAGGCAUUUGGUAAGAUCAAAAUGUGUCAGCUAGCUCAAGGCCCUGCUCCUGGAAAACACCGUGGUUAUGGUUUCAUUGAAUAUGAGACCACUCAGUCAGCCCAUGAUGCCAUAGCAUCUAUGAACAUGUUUGAUUUGGGCGGUCAACAUCUACGUGUGGGUCGGGCUAUAACGCCCCCUAAUUCGUCUGUGAACCCAAAUGCACCUCCUCCGUCUGGACAGUUGCCCACGCAGGCCGCUUUAGCUGCGGCUGCUGCAACUGCACGUAUUCAAGCUAUGGAUGCUGUUGCCGGUGCUUUAUCGGGAACUGGAGGGCUUCCUGGAUUAGCUGGUCUCUCUGCUCUUCUUAAUCCAACAUUAGCAACUGCUGCAGCUACCCUGACUACAGCUCUAGGUCUGACAUCACCUGCCCUUGCUGCCGCGGCGGCAGCAGCCUCCAAUUUAGCUAUACCUCCUCCGGGGCUGGCUAUCCCACAGCUCGGUGCUCCAGCUCUACCCCUGCGACCCUCAGUCGUCUCACCUGCUCGAUUAACAAGCCAACAUGUAGUAGCCAUACCACCACCUACCGUAGUGACUCCCGUUUUGGCCACUGGUGGUUUCAGCAAUACUCCACCCAUCCAGCAAAUUCAAAUGCAGCAAAUACCGAUAGCGAAUCCUCAGGAAAUUUUGCGGAAAGCACAGGAGGAAGCUAAAGUUAAGCAGCAACAAGAAGAGAUUAAGCAAAAACUGUUGGAUGAAGUUGAACCACAAACACUACAACAGCAAGAAAAUAUAUCAAUUAAGGGUCAGUCUGCUCGUCAUUUGGUCAUGCAAAAAUUGAUGCGCAAAGCGGAUUCUCGAGUCAUCAUACUUCGUAAUAUGGUUGGUCCGGAAGAUGUUGACGAAACUCUUCAAGAAGAAAUCACCGAUGAGUGUUCAAAGUUUGGGAAUGUUGAACGAGUGAUUAUUUAUAAAGAAAAACAAUCAGAUGACGAUGAUGCUGAAAUAAUCGUUAAGAUUUUCGUUGAAUUCACAGUUGGAACAGGAGCUGAAACAGCGCGGGACUCCCUGAACGGCAGGUUUUUUGCCGGUCGCAUGGUUCGAUGUGACAUUUAUGAUCAAGCUCUUUAUGAAUGUAAUGAUCUUUCCGGAUGAAUUUGAGUUUUAUUUAUCAUCUUCCAAUCGCCUCUUUAUUUUAUGGCUUCAAGUCUGACCUUUUGUGUUGCACUAACUCUGCAUAUUUCCUACUGUGUUUUCGUGUGUUAUUAUGACUGCCCUGUGGUUCGAGUAAGAAAUAAAAUAUUCUGUAGUCGCCAA